UUGGCAAAAUUUCGCCAACUGUCAACUGUAAAUAUGCACAAAGUGCAUCAAUUUGUGCAGCUCAAUCAAAACAUGAAUGCCUCCUCGACAGCAGCUGCAGCUGCGCAGGAGCCCAACUGCAAUAAGGCCGUGCUAUUGGGCAUUGCGACGGGUCCAGGCAAAAAGAAGGUUAAAAAGUGCCGCAAUGCUGUGCCUGAAUUCGUGACCAACAGGAAGCCGCGUUAUUUGCCAAAUUUAAGCGAGCUGGUCUUGAGCAAGGGCUACAUCGACGUGGACUCGUUUGUGCUGGGCAUGCUCUCGCCGGAGCAGCAUGGCCAUGAUGCCACGGCCGCGGCUCAAUUGCAGGAGAUGCACUGCAUCGUGUUCGAGCUGCCGCGCAAUCUGUUUCCACGGCACUCGCCGCUUAACAAGAUCACGUAUUUGCCGCCGCAGCUGCUGCCGGGCGAAUUCGAUGCCGGCGGCGUCUUUCCGCCGGGCGUCCUGGCCCACAAAUACUAUCCGCACGGACUGCUGCAGCCGCAUCACUGCGGACCCACACCUGCGCUGUUUGUGGGCCGACGUCGCGUCGAGCGGCACAGUCUGCACAAGAGCCUGCCGUAUACGUGCGCCGCCUACGUGGGCAUGCCACUGUCCCAGAUCCCGGUGCCGGUGCCCAACUGUGGCCACAACAACAACAGCAACAGCAACAACAACAGCAACAACAACAGCAACAACAAUAGCAACAACAACAGCAACAGCAAUGCCCAGCUGCAUCCCGAUCUCAGUGUCGGCUACAUUAUCGCGCAUGCCGAUUCGCUGGCCAAGGUGGAUCGCUUUGCCCAUCAGCAGACCCAAUAUCGGAUAUAUGUGCCCGAUCUGAGCACGGUUCCGAUGAUGGUGCACUUUAAGACCAAGCUGUGCAUGACCGUGCUCUCGGAUGUGGUGCAUCCGCACGAGUCUGAGGUGGCGUUUGCCGUUAUGCGCGAGAAGGCGACCAAAUUUAAGCUGCCGCAGGAGUACUUCUCCAUGGAGACCUGCUCGAUUAAACGUGCUCCGGUAUUCUUGCCGCAGCGCUUUCUGCCGCCCGGCUUCGAGGCGGGCUGUGUCUUUGGGCCCGGCACCUUGCCGGAGAGCCUGUUUGAGGGCCUGCUGAAGGAUGCGCCGCCCCAGAUGCAGCGCAACGUGGCCAUUAUGCCGCCAGUAUUCAUUGGCAUGUGGAAGGAGCAGGUGACGCCGUCGGUGUUCAUCUUUCCGCAGCAGAGUUUUAUGGUGAACAUGGCACCAGCUUCAGCUACACCAAUCCAAGCGUCGCCGGCUCAGUUGUCUGUGCUCGACGAGAUCAAGAUGGCGCGCCAGGAGCUGAAGCCGUUGCCCAAGCUUUUUGAGCUUGAGCAGAAGCUCAAUUUUCCUGAACGUCAAAUGCAAAAGCGGCAAAGGGGUGGGAAGCAAACAGACGAAGAGGAAGAGGACGAGGAGGAGAAUCUGGACGAGGAACUUGAGCACAAUGAGCCAUCCGACGACAAUGAAGACGACCGUUCGACAACGCCAUUCUACGAGGACUGCGGCGAGGACGAUCGCGACACAACGCCAUUCGACGGCUGCGCCGAGGAGAUCGGCGCCAAGGCAUUGGAAAAACCAUUGGAGGAGCCAAUGAAAAGCCGCAGCAAUAUGGGUCUGUGGUUCUUCACACUGCGCGGCCAGCCAGAGGACAUUGUCGAUAUGCUCAGGAAACUGGAGAACGCCGGCAUCAAGCUGGCCUCCAACUAUGUGAAUCAGCAUGUUAUACGCCGUGCCCAGGUGCAAUGGCUCGAUCUGAUGCUGCGCCGCGACGAGAUACGCGCCCAAAUGGCAUCGACGGGCAUGCCGCGCGCCCGUAAACCGAAUCCAAGUCCGAUGCCAAGCCCAACGAAUCCGAGCCAGGAACGCUCCGCGGAGCGCAAGAGGCGCGGCAAGAAGUGCGCCGAAUGCGGUUUGCAUUGUAAUUAG